AAAUGAAGUGUUGAGUGUCUUCUCUCUCCAGUACAGCAGGAGGCGCUCUGCAGCUCUUUAGUCACCCACUAAAGAAAGAAAGAAAGAAAGAAAGAAAGAAAGAAAGAGCUCGCGUGUGAUGUGUUUGUGUAUCAUCAGUGUUUUUCUCUCGUGAGUGUAAACAGAGUCUUGUCUCUGUGUAUUUUAGUGUUGAUGAUGGAUGUGAUGUGCUGUAAAUCAGUAGGAACUGAUCUGUCCAUGCUGGAUAUUGAUGAUUUCAUCACAGAAAUCUCUCAGCUGAAGAAAGAGGUGGCGUUACUGGAGACAAAGCUGAGGUUAAGAGGAGAUGAAGGACUGAAGAGAGAGGACUCCGAGCUCAGUCUGACUUUACUCUGUUAUACUGAGUCAAAGCACACAGACGCUCAGGACACUACAGUGUGUGACAGUAAUCAGGACUUACAGGAUGAUGAAUCUACUGAUCAAACCUCCACAGAGUCUCUGGAUUCUGUCUGUAACGCUGGAGAACAGCAGCAGAUCCUGCAGACCAAACUCAACAUGUGUUCAGUCAAACUCAUCGACUGCAGGAACCUCAUGAUGAAGAUCAAAACUGAACCCACAGAAAUAAAAACUGAACCCAGAGAAGAUGAAGAUCAUACUGAUGAAGUUGAUGACGGCAAUAACUUUUUUCCUUCAGAUGUAAAGAGUGAAUUAUGUUGUGAUGUAGAAAUAACAUCAUCAAGAUCCAAAGAGCGUCUGACAGGACAAACUAAAGAGAAGAAACUUCAUUCACAAGAGCACAGAGAGGAGAAGUUGUUGUUUGACUGUGAGCAGUGUGGGAAGAAUUUUGACUUUUUAUCUCAAUUAAAACUUCACAUGAGGACACACAGUGAUGAAAAGCCUUUCCACUGCACUGAAUGUGACAAAUAUUUCAGAACCAAACAAAAUCUUAAAGUUCAUCAGAGAAUUCACAGAGAAGAAAAACCAUACGAGUGUCCUCACUGUAAGAAGAGAUUCAACCACAAACCUUAUCUGAAGAAACAUGUGUUUUUACACACCAAUGAGAGACCGUAUCAGUGCAGUGAAUGUGAGAAAGCCUUUAGAGAUUCAAGUUCUUUAAAAUUCCAUAAAAAAAUACACAGUGAGGAGAAACUCUUCCAAUGUUCACACUGUGGUAAACGUUUUCAGCAGAAAUCUCAUCUGAUAGUCCACGAGAGACUUCACACUGGAGAGAAACCUUACGUCUGCUCUCUGUGUGGUAAGAGUUUCUCCGAUCCAUCUCAUUUUAAUAUUCAUAAGAAAGUUCACACUGGAGAGAAACCUCAUCACUGUAGCAUUUGUGGGAUGAGUUUUCAUCAACAUCACAUUUUAGUGAGACACCAGAUAAUUCAUACAGGUGAGAAACCUUACAAAUGCUCUCAGUGUGAGAAGACAUUUGCUCGGUCAGGUUCCUUAAAAAUCCAUGAGAGAAUUCAUACAGGUGAGAAACCUUACCACUGCUCCAUCUGUGAAAAGAGAUUUGCUUAUUCGAGAAGUCUUCAUAAUCACCAGAAGAAACACAGAAGAACAAAGUACACUUGAAUCAUCUGAGCUUUCUGUUUAUUCAUAAGGGGGUUUAUUGAACUUUCAUGCCGAUUGAAAGGCAAAAACAUUGUGUGUAAUGCAAUGGAUGUAGCUGUGUGUCGCAAGGGAUCUCAGGUUUUGGAAGGAGAACAAAACUGCAAUCAUUCCCGGGUUUCGGACACAAUAUGCCGGAGAGCAUUGCUAGAGGAUGAAUAUAUUGUAUUGCAAUAGGUAGCGUUUAAGUAUUACCAUUAAAUGAAAACUAAAUAACAGAUUUCCGAACUGUUUCCAAUGUAUGUAAGAUAUAACCUGAUAGUAGAAAGAAAGAAAGUUUAGAAAAAAGAGAGUCAGCAUUGAGAACAGGAAGCUUGGCCUAAUGGCCUGAACACCAGAGCUCAGGUAAAGAAGAAAAACAUAGAGAAUGAGCCAAGAGCAGAGCUCAGUGAGACCUGCCAGAAGAAGAUGAAGAUGCGAGAAAGCAAAAGCCCAGAACUUCUCAAAACAUUGCCUUUAUCUUCUAUCCCUUGGUCAUGUGCAUAACCCAACAUGAGACAUUGAGAGCAAAGGAAUGCAAAUGCUUCAGGAUGGAAAUUGGGGUUGUAACAAAUCCUACAUUUUUAAUCUUGGUGUUUUUUGCAGGAAAGCAAUCAAAAGAUUUUGUAUUGAAGAAAUUAAGUUGAUGAAAUGUUCUAGCAGUUUUCACAUUAUUAAUCUUAAGAUAAAUCAAAUGAUUGUUUUGUCACUUUUGUAAGUGAGUUUUGAUAAAAGUGUUUUCCAGUUAACAGAGAAAAGUUCUAAGAACCUUCCUCCAAUUUUCCAAUAACAUUAAGCCAACAAGUUUUUUUUACGUUUUAGGAAUGUUUAUUGUUUGUGUAAAUGUAACAGUAAUGUUACAUUCCAUCAUAUUCAAACAUUAUGACAAUGUCAUGUUUUCAUGUUCACACAAUGUUUAAAACACCUGUUUUGUAUAUUUAAACAAAAUAUUUCCUUGUUAUGUAAAUGAUAGAGAAACAUUUUAUUCUAUUUUUUUUGUUAUAAAACAUUAUUUUGAAUGCUCUGUAAAAUAUUGCUGUAGAAAGCACAAUUUACUGAUUAGGUUUAGAUGUUAAUGUUUUAUUCAAAGGUGCCAUUAUGGCGAUCAGUGUUUGUUUUAGUUGGACAUAUGACCCUUGGCUUUUAUCUUGUUAAUUUUUCUCUGGUUGUUUUAACUGUGGUGACAAGCGUGCAAUUCUAUGGUGGUAUUUAAAUACUAAUGUUCAAGAUUUUCAUCUAAUAAAUUGACUUAUUUACUCCGUGAUUAAUCUACCAUUAAAAGUAUUUUUGUCAGUAGUACUACGGCAGGGAUGUCCAAUCCUGCUCCUGGAAAGCCGGUGUCUCUGCAGAGUUUUAUUCCAACCCAAACAUACCUGAUCCAGCUAAUCAAGGUCUUACUAGGCAGAUUAGAUACUUUGAGGCAGGUGUGGUGAGGGAAGUUUUAGCUAAACUCUGCAGGACACAGGCCCUCCAGGACCGACUUUGGACACCCCUGUACUACAGCAUGAAAGCCAGCACUCUCAUAACAAUUUGUCAUCCGGAAAGAUUUUGAAAUGCUGUGCAAUUUAAAAACACAAACAUCAAGAAUCAGUAUGGGUAUGGAUCUCAACAAUUGUGACGAUUAUCAAGCUAAUUUAGAUCAAACAAUCAACUGCAAUGCAAGCUGUGAGUCCUGGAUGAGAUUUAUAAUUUGUUGAUCCCCACCAUGCAAUGCAGCAUGAAUUGUUUCAUUUUAUUGUCAUCAUGAAUGAGAUUCAUACUCUGAUUCUUGAUGUUUGUCUGCAGACUGUUUCCAGAAUAUUUGAAAUGUUUCCUUAAAGGAGUCUAAUUAAUUAUAAGAUUUUUUUAAGAUGUAAAAUAAGUCUUGGUGUUCCCAGAGUGCAUAUUGUUAAAUUAAAUAAAAAAUGUCCUACCUUUUGA